AUGUUGGAUAUUGUGCUUCUUGACGAUCGCGUUUCCAUCAAAGCACUCUUGAAUGGCGGCGUCGAUACUUUUACAGAGUCUUUCAAUUUACCUCCAUCGGAUGACAGGCUGCGGAGCUUAGAAGUUCACCAGCGGAAGGACGAGCAAGAAGAGCAAAGCGCAUCGGCCCUCAACUCGCCUUCCGAGAAAGAUGCAAACGCUAUCGAUUAUCUAAGCGUGUUCGAAUCUCCUAUUGGUCUGGACGAUCAAUAUCUCGAUUUCUGGACCGGUCCGUUUGGUUUGAUACCCUCUCCUUCGUAUUCUUCCAGUGACACCCAAAUCGACCUCUACAAUCCUUCGAUUUUCAAUAUCGACGGGCAGACGGAUAGGACAUCACUUGACCCGAGUCCGGGGCAGCCAGAGCAAGCAAAUCAUGCCUCCUCUUUGAAUCUGGCAAUUUACAAUAAGCUUUGGUGCCUCGCUCUCGAACCACGAAGUCGACAAGAGCUCACAACAUACGCAAACUUUCUCCUAACGACCGAGAAGAUCACGAAAUUCACCAACCUUUAUUUUCGGAAUUGGCAUUUGAAUUGCCCUAUGCUUCACCGACCUUCAUUCGACCCUGCUGAAGUCCCUCUGAGCCUUUUGGUAUCCGUUGUUUUUAUUGGUGCACUGUAUUCGAAAAAUCGGUCGGAACGUUUCGCCGCACAAAAGCUCAUCGACGUGGCUGAAUUGGUCGUCUUUGAUUCCGAGAUAUUCUCUCUCGAGAUGGAGGCAAGCCAUGUUCUCCAACACGAGUCUGUUAGUUAUGCAGGACCUGGUGGUCAUGAUUGGACUCCUUUUCAAGAAUUGCAGGCUGGUUUCCUGAUGGUCAUUGCCCAAUAUUGGGCGGGAGCACGAAUUGCCAAGGGGCGUGCUAUGGAAUCAAGAUUCAGCGAUGUGAUCAAGGUUGUUCGCAAAUUACGCUUACAUCAGGCUCGCCAUACACCCUCUGAUCGAAUUUCCGAGACUGCUUGGUUGCAGAAGGAAUCGCGAAUUCGAACAAUGUCUGUUAUCGCUCUUCUUGAUUGUGCAAUGCGAAUAUAUACGAACCAUCCAUGUCGAUUGAUCCUAGUCGAGCUCGGCAGUGAUCUUCCGUGCAAGGAAUCGAUCUUCAGCUCAGAACAUCCCUUCAUGGAAGACGGUAACAUCUUUGCGCCCAGGCUCACCAUCUCCAAAGCGUUUGCUUUGCUUUUCCAGGGGAAGGUGAAGAGAUCGCUUUCCAUCGUCAAGAAAUCAAGCGAAGAACCAGAAUCUGAGGAGAGCCCUCCGUCUGCCAGUCUGGGUGAUCUCACAAAAUUUGACUUGUUUAUUUUGAUACAUUUCCUGUAUACAUAUAUUCUCGGCUACGUCAUGACCCUCUCAUUCAAUCUGCCGACCACCUCAUUCGCCCCGGACGGUGGACGAUUGGCCCGAGGUGCGAUGACCGCUGAUACCAGGGAAGCUCUAGCGCAAUGGCGCAUCUCCUGGGACCGUGCUUGUGCACAGACUACUGGCCAACCCCCAAGGUUGGCUGGUAUGUUUCGAAAUGCAUUUUAUUUCUGGCUAGUCGCAAGAUCGAUUAUCAACAAGGAAGAAUCUAUUGAUGUUAUCACGAACAUGGAAGUCAAUUGCGAUGAUGCUUUAACGAAACUCAAGGUUCUCUUUCAGAACGACGUUGACUGA